CCUCCGCUUUCCGGAAAGUUAAGAUCUCUUGUCUCAAUGGGUCUUCUCAGCAUUAUUCGGAAAAUCAAAAGGAAAGAGAAGGAAAUGCGAAUUCUUAUGGUCGGGUUGGACAAUUCGGGGAAAACGACAAUCGUUUUGAAGAUUAACGGGGAGGACACUAGCGUCAUCAGCCCCACCCUUGGCUUUAACAUUAAAACCAUAACUUACCAAAAGUACACUCUAAAUAUAUGGGAUGUUGGAGGCCAAAAGACAAUAAGAUCUUACUGGAGAAACUACUUUGAGCAAACAGAUGGUUUGGUUUGGGUAGUCGACAGUUCUGAUCUGAGAAGGUUAGAUGAUUGCAAAAUGGAGCUAGAUAACCUUCUAAAGGAAGAGAGGCUAUCUGGAGCAUCCUUACUGAUCCUGGCAAAUAAACAGGACAUUAAAGGCGCCCUUACACCUGAAGAAAUAGCUAAGGUGAUGAACUUGGAAGCCAUGGAUAAAUCUCGGCACUGGAAAAUAGUUGGUUGUAGUGCACACACUGGUGAGGGUCUGCUUGAGGGAUUUGAUUGGUUGGUCCAAGACAUAGCCUCUAGAAUCUACAUGCUUGACUAAUGAUUGUUUUGUCAUUAUUCAUGACAUGGUUCAAACUUUGAAGAGCAUUCGUAAA